AGCAGAGCCAGCAGAGCAACAACCUCGAUCAGACUUCUUGAAUCUUCCAACAAACAGCUCAUCACUCGCACACUAUCAACAAACGACAUUCCGAGUGAUCAAAAAUGGCAGCUUCAAUGUACCAGAGGGAUCCCCGUGCGGGCCUCUUCCUCGGUGGCUCGCGUGUGAGCGGCGCCGAGGUCCGCGACCAGAACGUGCAGGCCGCUCAGACCGUGUCCAACAUUCUCAAGUCGUCCCUUGGCCCCGUUGGUCUCGACAAGAUGCUCGUCGACAACGUCGGUGACGUGACUAUCACCAACGACGGCGCCACCAUCCUCUCGCUUAUCGAGGUCUCGCACCCCGCUGCCCGUAUCCUCGUGUCCCUCGCGACGCAGCAGGACAAGGAAGUCGGUGACGGAACUACCUCGGUCGUCUUGCUCGCCUCGGAGCUUCUGAGGAGAGCAAACGAGCUUGUCCGCAACAAGAUCCACCCCACCACCGUCAUUGCUGGCUACCGUCUGGCUUGCAAGGAGGCCUGCCGCUUCAUGGCCGACCAGCUCUCCACCAAGGUCGACAAGCUCGGCCGUGACGCCCUCGUCAACGUCGCCAAGACGUCGAUGAGCUCCAAGAUUCUUGCUGCCGACGACGACUUCUUCGCCCCCCUGGCCGUCGACGCCAUGCUCGCCGUCAAGACGGUCAACCCCCGCGGCGAGAAGAAGUACCCCGUCAAGGCCGUCAACGUCCUCAAGGCGCACGGAAAGUCUGCCCGCGAGUCGUUCAUGGUCAAGGGCUACGCGCUCAACUGCACCGUUGCCAGCCAGGCCAUGAAGACUCGCAUCCCGAACGCCAAGAUUGCCUGUCUCGACAUGAACCUCGCCAAGCAGCGCAUGCACCUCGGCGUCCACAUCACCAUCGACGACCCAGAACAGCUCGAGGCCAUCCGUGCCCGCGAGUCUGAGAUUACUCUUGAGCGUGUGCGCAAGAUCCUUGCCACUGGCGCCAACGUCAUCCUCACCACCAAGGGUAUCGAUGACCUGGUCCUCAAGGAGUUUGUCGAGGCCGGUGCUAUGGCCGUCCGCCGCUGUCGCAAGGAGGACUUGCGACGAAUUGCCCGUGCUACCGGCGCGACGUUGGUGUCGUCGCUCGCCAACCUGGACGGAGAGGAGACUUUCGAGGCCUCGAGCUUGGGUUUCGCCGAGGAGGUUGUGCAGGAGCGUAUCAGCGACGACGAGCUCAUCCUCGUCCGCGGAACCAAGGUCGUCAGCUCGUCGUCCAUCAUCCUCCGCGGUGCCAACGACUACAUGCUCGACGAGAUGGAGCGCGCGCUGCACGACGCCCUCAGCAUCAUCAAGCGCACGCUCGAGUCUGGAUCGGUUGUUCCCGGUGGUGGUGCUGUCGAGACGGCGCUGUCCAUCUACCUCGAAAACUAUGCCACGACCCUCGGCUCGCGUGAGCAGCUUGCCAUUGCCGAGUUUGCCUCGGCGCUCCUCGUCAUCCCCAAGACGCUCGCCCUCAACGCCGCCAAGGACUCGACCGACCUCGUCGCCAAGCUCCGCGCGUACCACAACGCCGCCCAGUCGGUUAGCCCCGAGGACCCCAAGCGCGGCUUAAUCUUCUACGGUCUCGACCUGCUCAACGGCGAGGUCAUCGACAACCGCGCCGCCGGUGUCCUGGAGCCUACCAUGUCCAAGAUCAAGUCGCUCAAGGCCGCCCUCGAGGCCGCGACCAGCUUGCUCCGUAUCGACGACAGCAUCACUGUCACCCCCGACCAAAAGGGUGAGGAAGACCCCCACGCCCACAUGUGA